GAUCUCCAUCCUCAGAGAGCGGGCGGGAGCCGAGUUGCUCACUACAUGCAGUGGUCAUAACUAGUCUAAACUCUUCAACAAGUUUCACCUCCGGGGAAAUUUUGUUUGCAUUGUUGACUGAUAACUAGAUGUGUUUGGGGAGUCGGAAUAUUUACUCGGACAUGACAGAAGAAAGAGAUCUGGAAAUGACUGAUAGAUGAAGUGCAGUUUCUCACAGCAAAGUGGACAGAAUCAGUUAUGCACACAGGGAAAACGUAAAGCCAGGCAGGAAGAAAUUGCUCGCCGUCCCAUGGCUCCAAUAAAGACCAAUUGGUUUUGGGCGUUUUUUGUUGGAGCUCAGGGAUUUAUUGUAGUGAUUGGAGGAGUUGGAAGCAGUGAGCCAACAGUUUCACUGGAGCACCAACACUGUCAGCAAGCAGCGCAUCCUAUCAGAACUUAUAGGGAUAUUGCACCGUGGCUGCACACAUUUCAAGCUGCAGAUGUAACAGACUAUUCUCGGCUGAUCUUUGACCCUAGUCAAAAAGAACUCAUCGUUGGAGCAAAAAACUACCUCUUCAGGCUAAAACUGGAGGAUCUGACAUUAAUUCAGGGAGCAGAAUGGCUCUCAGAUGAAACAACAAAAAAGAGUUGUUUCAGUAAAGGAAAAACGGAGGAGGAAUGUCAGAAUUAUAUUCGUGUCCUCCUCAUUAAUAGCAACAGGAUCUUCGCCUGUGGCACAAAUGCAUUUACUCCAAUAUGUACCAAUCGGAUGCUAACCGACUUGACAGAAAUCCAUGAUCGCAUCAGUGGCAUGGCGCGCUGUCCAUACAAUCCUCAACACAACUCCACUGCUCUCAUUACAUCCACUGGAGAACUGUAUGCUGCGACAGCCAUGGAUUUCCCAGGGAGAGACCCUGCCAUCUAUCGGAGCCUGGGAGGGCUUCCUCCUCUGCGCACUGCUCAAUACAACUCAAAAUGGCUGAAUGAGCCAAAUUUUGUGUCAUCCUAUGACAUUGGAAACUUCACCUAUUUCUUUUUUCGGGAGAAUGCAGUGGAACAUGACUGUGGAAAAAAUAUUUUCUCCAGAGUGGCCAGAGUUUGUAAAAAUGAUAUUGGAGGGAGGUUUCUCCUGGAGGAUACCUGGACAACCUUCAUGAAAGCUCGACUAAAUUGUUCUCGUCCGGGUGAAAUUCCUUUUUAUUACAAUGAGUUGCUAAGCACUUUCUUUUUACCUGAGCAAGACAUGCUGUAUGGAAUCUUCACCACUAAUGUGAAUAGCAUAGCGGCUUCGGCUGUCUGCAUGUUUAACCUGAGUGCCAUUACUCAGGUUUUUGCUGGGCCAUUCAAGUUCCAGGAGAAUUCCCAUUCAGCAUGGCUGCCUUUUACCAAUCCUAAUCCUAACUUUCAGUGUGGUACUAUUGAUUCUGGUCCUUACGCGAAUCUCACAGACAGGAGCCUCCAAGAUGCUCAAAAGUUUAUUCUUAUGAAUGAAGUAGUGCAGCCCAUUUUUCCUAUGCCUUUCUUCAUGGAAGACAACAGUCGGUUUUCCCAUAUAGUGGUGGAUGUUGUGCAAGGAAAGGACAUGCUCUUCCAUGUUAUGUAUUUAGCCACAGACUAUGGAACUAUUAAGAAAGUUCUUGCGCCUAUGAAUCAAAGUGCGAGUGGUUGUUUGUUGGAGGAAAUAGAACUCUUUCCAAUCAAUCAACGAGAGCGUGUAAGGAAUCUUCAAAUCCUACACAGUCAGAGUGUUCUGUUUGUUGGACUACAGGAGCAUGUGAUAAGACUCCCGCUGAAACGCUGCAGCUUUUACAGAAGUCGGAGUUCAUGUGUGGGAGCUCGAGACCCUUACUGUGGCUGGGACUUGGUCUUAAAGAAAUGCACAACAUUAGAAGAAAGCAUGAGUAUGACCCAGUGGGAGCAAGAAAUCAAUUUGUGCCCAACAAGAAACAUGACUACAGAUGGUAAUUUUGGAGCCUGGUUGCCAUGGAAACCCUGCAACCAUGCUGAUGGUAAUACCAUCGGGUUAUGUACAUGUAGAACCCGCCUGUGUGACAGUCCAUCUCCACAGUGUGGAGGCCGACAGUGUGAGGGUGCCAGUGUGGAGGUUGCAAACUGUUCUAGGAAUGGUGGCUGGACCCCUUGGACACUGUGGUCUCCUUGCAGUACCAGUUGUGGAAUAGGGUUUCAGGUCCGACAGCGGUCUUGUAGUAACCCAACUCCUCGGCAUGGUGGACGUGUCUGUGUGGGACAGAACCGUGAAGAGCGGUAUUGCAAUGAACAUCUUCAGUGCCCUCCACACACAUUCUGGACACCUUGGGGUCCAUGGGAACGCUGCACCGCACAGUGUGGGGGAGGUGUGCAGGCCCGUAGGCGAACAUGUCAGAAUGGUAAUGACUGUCCAGGCUGCAAGAUGGAAUACCAAUUUUGUAAUACUAACCUGUGCCCUGAACUCAAGAAGACCACUCCUUGGACCCCUUGGACACCUGUUAAUAUCUCGGACAAUGGAGGUCAUUAUGAGCAGAGAUUUAGAUACACAUGCAAGGCACGCCUGGCUGACCCAAACUUCCUGGAUGUCGGCCGUCAAAGAAUAGAAAUGCGUUACUGUUCUAGCGAUGGAUCAACAGGCUGCUCUGCGAGUGCUGGGUUUUCUGGAAGUAUCUUACGGUAUGGGAGACCUUCUGCUUAUGCAGUCAAUGGUGCUUGGUCUACCUGGCUACCAUGGACACAGUGUAGCAGAGACUGCAGCAGGGGAAUUCGGAGUCGAAGGCGAAUGUGCAAUAAUCCAGCGUCAAGAAAUGGAGGGCUUCCCUGUUUAGGACAAUCAUUGGAAUAUCAAGAGUGUAAUAUCAUGCCUUGCCCAGUGGACGGUGGUUGGUCCUGUUGGUCUCCCUGGUCAAAAUGCUCUGUCACCUGUGGGGGUGGACAUUACAUGAGAACACGCUCCUGCAACAACCCUGCACCUGCAUAUGGGGGAGACAUCUGUCUGGGUCUUCAUACUGAAGAAGCAUUGUGUAACACACAAGCCUGUCCAGAUAAUUGGUCAGAGUGGUCCGGGUGGUCAGAAUGUGAGGUAUCGGGUUCACAACAUCGCACUCGUCACUGUAAAAUCUUAUUUCCUGUUGGUUACCAGUGCUCUGAGAAUAGCAGUGAGAGCCGAACCUGUGUCUUUGACACCAAUUUCAUUCCCGAAGUGAAUAUUGCCAAGUCCAGCCUGGGUGACAGAAGAUGUGGUGAAUUCAACACUUUCCAUAUGAUUGCAGUGGGUUUGAGCUGCUCUAUCUUAGGCUGUCUUUUAACAUUACUUGUGUAUACCUAUUGCCAGCGAUAUCAACGGCAGUCCCAUGAUGCCACUGUCAUCCAUCCAAUUUCUGCAGUUCCCCUCAACACGAGCAUCACAAACCAUGUCAAUAAACUUGAUAAAUAUGAUUCGGUGGAAGCAAUUAAGGCUUUCAACAAAAACAAUUUGAUCCUUGAGGAACGGAAUAAAUACUUCAAUCCACAUCUUCAUGCAAAAUCUUUUUCCAAUACCUAUUUCACAGAUUUCAAUAUGUAUGAUGACUAUUAGAUUGGUAAAUUGCUCAACGCAGACUAGUCUACUGAUUAAAGAUCCCUCUUUCAGUCUGGAUUGGAGAUGAGGCUGCACUAAUACCUACAAACUUUUGUCCCUGCCUUUUGACUGUCUAAAACGUAAACGCCAAUGACAACGCUUGAAAGGAUCAAACACAGAAAUGAAUUCCAGCUAAGUUGGAAUUUAGUUGCUCUGUUCUGCUGUGCUAGAACUAAGGACUAUACCUUCUAUCAAAGAAGUUUAUCUUGCAGUGACUAAAGAAACACAAACAGUGCCUGUGGACGGAAGAUCCUCAUUUGAUGAAUUUUGUGUGUUUGUGUUUUCACCAGUCCGAUUCAAUUAUAUAACAAAGUAAUGCGAACAUUAAAACUCAGCUCAGAUGUAUGCAGUGCAGAGGUGGGAACCAAGCCCUAACAAAUGGAGUUUCUGAGCUGUCCCAAUGAGACUGUUGCAUUUUCUGUCGUAUGUGGUCGGGAAUAUUCAGCUGUAUUGACGUCUGUCACUUCAUGCCAUUCCAAAGACCCUGUCAAUUGCAACUUGUAGAGCAGCAUCUGUUCUUUUACAUUAUUUCUAAGAUCGUUAGAAGGUAGACCUUAAGUGCAUCAGUGUUCUUGUCUUGUUUCGGGGUGAUCUCCAUUGUCUGUUGUGUACUUAUUGACCAGUUUAAAUUCACUGUUUGAGAACUCAGACAAUCAUGAAAUAUUUUCAGUGUGAGAUUUACAAAACUGUAAAUAACUGACAACAUAUGAAUAGUACAAAUGAUUAACUAGGUAGGUUUGGCUCGUUAGUGAAGUCAGUGCCCAUUGUCAACAGCAUUAAUAAUGGCAAUUUAAAAAAAAAAGUGGCUUUUAUACAGGCCCCAUUAGCUGUGAAUAUUUGUAGCUUUUGCAGAUUUUAAGCUAUUAAUUUAUCCUGUUCUUGCUUUGUAUGUUGAAUUUCUUUGUUAAUUACAGAUUUAAAUGGUUUCUCACAAGUCUUCUGCAUGUGAUAUAGUACAAUAGUUAGAAAGUUAUUUUCUGCCUGAUGUUUGAGAUUUAUAAGGCUACUGUCAUUUGUGUACAGUUAUUUUGCCAAAUUUCCAGCAAGAACAGGUUGCAAGAUUCAAUUUCUUUAACAAAUGAAUUACCUGAAUUUGAAAGCCAUAAGAUAUCAAUUGGCAUUCAUCAUCCACUACCUAGGAUAUUUGACCAUUUGUGGAUGUUUAGUUUCUUCUAUUAACACUGCUUCAAAUAUUUACAUUGGAGUCCCACAGAUUAGUGCAAUCAGUAAUCUGGUUGUUUUAACUGGGUUAAUAAAUGUUUUAAAUAUUUCAUGUGGAUAUUUUAUAUGAAAGCGUUAGGCAGCCUGCUGUCAGAUAUCAAACUCUAAGCUAUUUGUCAUAAUUUUAAAAGACAAAUGUCAGCAUAAUCAGAACAGCAAUUAAAACAGGCUGUGUUUAUUUUUCCCACUAUAACAACAUAUAAUUCAUGGCAUUUUCCUCCCUAAAAAUGCAAGAUGGGCUAAAAAAUUUUAUUACAAGUUUAGGCAGUAGCAUUUCUUGCUGAACUUCACCACCAAUCCGCUAAUAAAAUCACAUUGUAAAAUAAAGUCACAUUCUAGAAUACUAAUCUAUCGCUAAAUAAUCUUUAUCUUUUCUGUAUUUCGAUUGAGCAACAUCUGAAAUUCCAAAAUUUAAUGAUUUUGUUUUUUGUCAGUCCUUGAAUACUUGAAAGCGUAACUGAUACUUGUGUAUUUGAAAAAAAGUGAUGUGCAUUAUUUGUACCUUUCUGCUGCACCAAAUGCAGCCUCAGUGAACUAUUUGGCAUGGUUUAUGCAGUGUCGUCAUUAAAUGGUUUUUAACACUGAAGUAGUAGCAUGCCCAGCAUGCAGUGGGAGCUAUGUUUGAAAUGGCCUCAGAGAUUAGCCCUGUCCAUUUGUUUAAAUGACAGAAAACUGCAGGGAGUGAUGACCUCUCACUUUAUUUCCCAAUGUACACCUCAAUUCUCAUUAACUUUUGUUAUUAGCACCAACUUGUAAAAUGUAUCCAUGUGACCUGAGAAGCAAUAAGUGGACCACCCACCCCUGCAGGCAAUGCAGAAGAUCACAAUUAAUCUGCAAAUAGCCUUUCAGAUAAAAACAAAGCAGCAUGUUACAUGAGAUAACAAGAAAUUCAGAAAUUUCUGAAGAAGGGUCCAGGCCCAAAAUAACAAAGUGUGGAGCUGGAUGAACACAGCAGGCCAAGCAGCAUCUUAGGAGCACAAAAGCUGACAUUUCGGGCCUAGACACUUCAUCAGAAGGUCAGCUUUCCUGCUCCUCUGAUGCUGCUUGGCCUGCUGUGUUCAUCCAGCUCUACACCUGGUUAUCUCAGAUUCUCCAGUGUCCGCAGUUCCAACUAUCUCUGAAGCAGUAUGUUAAGUAGUGUCCAAGAUUUGUGAGUUUCAGGGUGAUUCGGGGUGAGAGUAAGGGUAUUCUGGGGUAGGUGAAAUUUAGGUCAGAUGCUAAAAAAAAUCCUUUACUACAGAAAGCAAUCAGCAGAUACUAUGUGGUUUUAGUAAUACGAUUGAGGCAAGGCAAAUGGUUGAAAAGCCUUCCUCAUCUGAACCAAUCUGUGAUGUUGGCAUCCUUCAGAGUGCUACAUUUUUCAGGUUCAUUACAACAUCAUUCAUUACAAGUAAAUGAGGCAUUAGCCAGUAGUAUUUCUAAACUAAAAGAGGAAAUUCAAACCUUUAUCAAUGCUAAAGAAAAUAAGACGAUUUAGUUACCUCACUGUAGCGAGUUUUGAUGCAAAAAGAAUAUUCUAGUUUUGAUAUUUUAGUGGGACCUACUUCACACUUUUCAGAAUUCUUAAGAGAAAUAUUGGCAACAGUUGGAGGUUAAAUGUAUUAAUAGAAGAUGAAAGAAUAUCUGCUGCAAUCUUAUUUAACAUCUGCCUACUAAAAACAUUCCUAGAAAUGAAAUUUUAGAAUCGUGUAAUUCUACAGUUGCAUUCAUGUUAUUAAGUAAGGACUUUUAUUUUACUAAAAUAAACAGGAAUUUAAUUCCCAUUAAUAUGACAGAACUUUUAGAUGCUAAUUUCUUCACAAUUUUAGUUGUAUGACAAAGCUUAAUGAUUUUACAUGAAUAGCUGUUACAAAAGGCUGAAGAUUGUAUAAGAAUGAUGCAAUAUAAGGUAACGAUAUUAUGGAUGAAAGUCAGGAGAACUUGAUUAAUUGACUGAGCAAGUGUUAUUUUUAAAAGUUUUUUAAAAUAUUCUUUUAAUUGUCGAUUUAAUAUUUUAAAUUCUGGUAGUUUCCUGUCACGAAUUUGAUUUUUUAUCUUAGUUUUUACCCAUCAUUAAAUAUUAUCAUUGUUAACUAUUGUUAAAUGAUUAAGCUCCAGAGGUGCUAUGGUCUCUAUGUAAAUGAAGAAAACCCCUGUAGAUAAUCCCAAAUAUUGUAUUCAUUGAGAAUAUUUUUGGAGAAUUCUUGCUGGGGAAAAUAAUCAUCUGAAGGGUUGAAGCUUAUGGAAGCCCUUGGUAAGGGUUAGACAAAGGCAUUUCUACUUGCAAUGCCACAUGUACAAAUGUGCCCAAUUAUUUAAAUCCAUGGAUGUUGGAUGAUGUCCUGCCAAAUCUGAAGGUGUUGCCAAUUAUUAUUGUUAGCUGUAUGUAUUGGCUACUUUUCAAGCAACUCCUUAAUCUGGCUUUAAUUAAGGCUCAAUCAGGUUAAAUUAAUUAUCAUAUUAAUUCCAUCAAAUGUUAUAGCUCUAAUUGUCUGAAUAUAUUGAGCAGUAAUUUCAGCUUUUCUCAUGUUCCAACUGAACAACAGAUUUACAAUUGCUUUCUAAUGUAGUACAUUUUUCUUGGUUGGAACCUUUUUGCUGUGGUUAUUUAAUUAUUCACAAACAAAAUGUGCUGCAUCAGUUGUCCUGUGCUCAGGUUAUAUUAGAACUUUAAGUGGGAAAUAGCAUGUUACUUAGUGGACUAAUUCUUAGCUUUCAGCAUUGCACGCUAAACUGGUAGGAGGAAAUUGAUGUCAGUAGAAAGUGAAAUUGGACAGGGGUGUACAUUAAGCCACCACUUUGUGAUUGACACUGAAAGUUUUGCUUUUAUUAGUGGCAGCAUUACUCUUAAGAUAUAUUGGAGAAAAACCUAACCAGUUUACAGUUUGUAUGGACCUAAUGAGCAUAUCAAAAAUAACACUUUUGGUGCCUUUGUUCAGAAUGACUGAAUUGAAAUCACAGCGACCACUAGCAGUCCCACUAUAAAAUUCUAAAUAACUUUCCAUUGCAUCAAAGAAUGCUCAUGUUAAGUUGAGAACAUAUUUUCAAAAGAAACAUUACCAGAAUCCAUAGCUUUUGUUCCAAAAGUUAUAGUUUUCAAUUUCAAGCAACCUGUUCCUCAAAUGCCAAAUGAGCUAUUAUUUUCCUCGACAGUUCAGAAACAAAGCCACUAGUGAGCAGACAAUGCAUUGAAUUUGGAACAGUUCCUUCAAGAAAAAAUAAUUUGAGCAAAAUCAAUGAAAUGUUCAUAUAAGAAGGCGCUGUGCUGGUUUUCAGAUGUAAUAUUCCAAUAUAAAACAUCCCUUGAAAAAGAUAGUAUUCUAGAUUGAUUUCUGUGGGCAGCUUGGCAGUUGCAGCAGUUGAGCUUCAGGUGACUAUUUAUUAAGAUCAUUUUAGAAUCACUGAUGAUUUUUGAUUAUGGCGUGAUUUCUUGUGUGUUGGUGAAGUUUGCUAACUCUGUGCCAGAAUGCUGAAUCAGGCAGUGAAGUGGUCAAGUCCAGCUCUCAGCUGAUGAUUCUAGAUGCAAUCCUAUUCUGUAGAUGUACUUUCCAAUUCUGUCACUGACAACUCACCUUCCCAGUUAAGUGAGGAAAUUGACUAAUGGUUAAAGCACCAGAGACCCAACGGGUAGCUGUGGGAAGAAAUUGAAUAAGGAAAUGGUCUUUCCUCUCCCCUGAAUAGAUACCACUACAGCUAUGUUUAAAAAACUUUGGGCGACUGGAAAAGUUUGCUGAAAAAUGGUAAAUGCUCUGUCCAUCAAGUGUGAUUUGUGUACAAUGUAAUAUGUAUUCAGUGUUUUUCAGCAUGUCCUCAUAAUGUAAAAUAAUUGUAUUAUAUUUUUGUACUUUAGCUCAGUGUAAAUAAUGUUUCUUCAACAAAAAACAUAUGUGAC